AUGAGCACACAAGAUACAACCAGCGACAAUGUCCCUGCUGGACCUGUGGAGAUGGGAUAUACCGAGUUGCCCUUCCCCCCAGUCACCAAACAGCACAUCUUGAACUGCUCGUACCAUAGUUGGCACCCAAAAUAUCGUGCCGUAACGCCCAAAGCACGCCUCAUCCCCCUUCCAUCCGCAUUUCUCGAAUACCUCCGCUCAGACGGCAUCGUCCUGCCUCCCGAAGAGAGCGACGACCCCUCGUGGUCAGACAACGACAGUGGCAUCUUCUCAGGCGCUGACAACAACGACGAUGAUGCUGAGGAGAGCAUAGACCCUAGCGCAGAGUGGCGCGACACCCACGAGGCAAUCGAGCGCACCAUCGAGGAGCUGGGCGGCAAAGUCGCUCCCAAGCUCAACUGGAGUGCGCCAAAGGACGCAACAUGGAUAGCAGCAACCAACAGCAUGGAGUGCCGGACACCCAACGACAUCUACCUGCUCCUCAAAAGUAGUGAUUUUGUCACCCACGAUCUUGCACAUGCUUUUGACGACACAGCCGAUCAAUCCACAACGCCAGACCCGGCAAUUCCAUACCAUCUCGUGCUGCGAAAGUGGAUCACGCUCAACCCCAGCGUUGAAUUCCGAUGCUUUGUGCGCAACAGACGGCUGAUUGCUCUAUGCCAGCGGGACCUGAACCACUUUGACUUUCUGUUCAACAUGCAGGAUAAGCUACGGGACCUGAUCCAGGACUUCUUCGACGCUAAACUGCGCGAUACUUUCCCAGACCCAAACUUCACUUUUGACGUAUACAUGCCGCCGCCCCAUGACAAGGUUUGGGUCGUCGACUUCAAUCCCUGGGCUGUACGGACAGAUCCACUGGUCUUUUCGUGGAUGGAAUUGCUCACCAUGGACGUGCCAGAGGCAGCACCAGCCGUGGAGACGACUGUGCGUCUGAAGAUAGCCCAGCCAGAAGCCAAGAGCGAAUCUGUUCCAGUGGCCAACGACGCAGAGGACGACGAGGACGACGUCUCAGACGACGAUGAUGUUGAGGAAGUGUGGCAGCCAGAGUUCCGACUGGUACGGAGAGACGAUCCAGAGGCCUAUGGUUUCACGACUCCGCAGUAUAGUGCUCACAAGUUGCCCAAAGAUGUAGUCGAUGCGAGCAGGGGAGGCGAAGGCCAACUGAGAGAGUUUGCCAUGCAAUGGGAGCAGGCCCAGAAGUUGGCUGAGCAACAAAGGGCAGAAGAUAGCGAAGACGAUUAG